GGUUGUCACGGCAUAUAUUGGAAUCUCUUGGCAUAAAAUAUAGGUGUCCAAUUCUUGACUCCAAAACGCGAUGGAAUUCGACUCUUCAAAUGAUUGAACGCGCUAUUGAGAUAUCUCCAGCGAUGGAUAAAAUAGUUAAUGAAAUUCCAGAACUAAAUAUAUUUAGUCUCUUGCCAAGAGAAUGGAAUAUGCUGGAAGAAAUUUUAUUACCUUUAAAAGUUUUUCGUGAUAUAUCUGAGGCGUUGCGUGGUGAAUCAUAUAUGACAAUGCCUUUUGCAAUCCCAGCAUUUAACUUAAUUAUGGAUGACCUUCAGGAAAU